AUGACUAAAAUUGCAAUUAUUACUUAUUCGCUGUAUGGGCAUAUCGAUACUGUGGCUGAAUCUAUUCUAAAGGGUAUCAAAGCCGCCGGCGGUCAAGCUGACCUCUUCAGGGUCGAAGAAACACUCCCAGAUGAAGUUUUGGAAAAGAUGCAUGCACCAUCUAAACCCGAUGUUCCCCUUGCUACCGCUAAGACCCUUGAAGAAUACGAUGCGUUUCUUUUUGGUGUUCCAACAAGAUACGGUAAUGUUCCCGCUCAGUGGUCGGCUUUCUGGGAUAGAACUGGUGGUUUAUGGGCUAAAGGUGCAUUACAAGGCAAGCCUGCCGGCAUCUUUGUAUCUACAGGUACUUAUGGUGGAGGGCAGGAAAUUACGGUAAAGUCUUGUUUGACCUACUUGGUUCACCACGGCAUGAUCUUCGUGCCUUUGGGAUAUGGAAAUACUUUUGCAGAGCUCUCUAACAUUGAGGAGAUACAUGGUGGCUCCGCUUGGGGGGCUGGUACUCUAGCUGGCGCGGACGGUUCUCGGCUACCUAGUGCAUUGGAAUUAAGGCUUGCUACAGCUCAAGGUAAAGCUUUCUUCGAAAUUGCACAACACUUUCCUCUCUCCGCUACCAAAAAGUCAGCGGCUAAACAGCCUGCUGAUGAGAAGAAGGCAGAGACUACAAGAACUGUGCAGCAAGCUUCAGGUACAGAGAAAAAUCAAUCGAAAAAGAAAGACAAUGGUUGCUGCUUGUUGAUGUAG